AUGCAGCGGCGCAUACGGCGAAAGAUGCCGGAUCCGUUGCGCCAGGCACCAGCCACCGAAACGCGGCUCCGGCGGUGCCGGCGAAAGAUGCCGGAACUUUGGGAGGUGGAGCACAGGGAGUUAGCAGAGCAUGACCAGCCACUUGCGCCAUCUUCUGCACCCGCAGCGGGGCUCUUCGUUCGGGCGGCCAGCGCCAUGACCCCGAGCAUGUCGGGACCUAUGCCCUGCAGACAGGAGCAGCAGAGCCAGUUGUUUGCACACUUGUGCUCGGCCAUCCGCACGAAGGGCUCCAAGAAGGUGCUCUACGUCUCUGGGAUGCCAGGCACCGGGAAGACGGCCUCCGUCCUGCACAGCAUCCGCGCGCUGGCUCAACAGCACGACCUGCGGAGGAAGUUCAUCUUCCUGCAUGUGAAUGCCAUGUGUUUGGGAAAGCCGCAGGCAGUGUAUGGCGAGAUUUGGCGCCAGCUCAAGCACGCAGGCUUGGUCGCUCGGAGCCGCUUCGUGUCCUCCUGCGCGGCACCACGCGAGGUUGAGAGCUUCUUCUUGCACCGCAAGAGGGAUGAUCCGGAGAGUGGCUGGAUCUGUGCGGUGGACACCCCCGAAGGUGCCUUGAUGCACAGCAGAUGUGCCUGGGGAGGUCACGUGAUCAAGCUCGAGCUGAAGAACAUCACCAUCCAGGACGCACCUGCGAAGACCAGCCAGGUGUUGGUGAGGCCAGAGGUGCGCUCUUUGCUUCAAGACUUGAGCCCUGUGGAGGGUUUAGAACUGCAGUCCGUGGAGCUCUUGGCUCCGGGCGAAGCCCGUGUCACAGCGAAGAGCUCCUGGUCCCUGCUGCGGCGUAUGGCGGUGCUCUUUGGGGACAUGGCGAACCAGGUGAUGGACGACUUCCUGUGCGAGAACGAGGACAGCCUGUCCUGGCACCAGAAGAUGCGCCGUGACUAUCCCAAGCGCGGAGAUAGUGCCUGCGCCUUUUGGAAGGAAGAUCGUGCUCAACUGCAUUGCCUCAUCCUGGUCCGGCCAGAAGCUCAGCAGGACCGCUUCACCACCUACGUGGUGCUUCGAGCCGAGACGCGCUUCGCGCAAUGGGCCACG